AUGCAUAUUCAGCCCAUUGACAAUACGGAGAUUGAGCCCUUUACCAGCGCCAUGGCUACCGACCCCCGCCUCACUGUCGUGCCCGAGGCGCAAGAGAUCUUCGACGACGUCUGGGGUUCGGAGCCGGGCUCGCCAACCAAUGUGCCCCAACAUGCGCCCACAGGGACACACCCUGGCGACAUCCCGAGACUGCAGGCGGAACACACCACCGCUGGGUACCGCGAGGGAGUCACUGUGGCCAAAGCCCAGAGCAUCCAGGUGGGGUUCGACGAGGGCUUCAGUCUGGGAGCCGAGCUCGGGUCGCUCGCCGGCCAGAUUGUCGGCAUUCUGGAGGGCAUUGCCGCCGCCUUGGUCGGCCAGGACGAGGCCGUCGUGAAGGCCGCGCGCAAGGCCUCGGACGACGCCAAGACGGAGCUGAGGACGGACUCCAUCUUCACACCCGCCUUCUGGAAUACCGACGGGACCUGGAAGUUCGACGUCGACGAGCACGUGGGCGAGGAGAUCCUCUUCUCCGACGUGGCCCGCGCCCAUCCGCUCAUCCAGAAAUGGACAAAGGUCGCAGACGCCGAGGUCGAGCGGUGGGGUAUCGUCCUUAAUGCUAUCGGCGAUGUGCAGGAGCAUCAGAGGCAGCCUAGCCCGGAGCGGGCUCCAAGCUCCGCCGUGCCACAGACGAAGAAACCUCUGGACUGGUGA